GGGGAUUGGAACACCUGAAUCACAUUAUAUGGAGGGGAUUGGAAUACCUGAAUCACAUGAUAUGGAGGGGAUUGGAACACCAGAAUCACAUGAUAUGGAGGGGAUUGGAACACCAGAAUCACAUGAUAUGGAGGGGAUUGGAACACCAGAAUCACAUGAUAUGGAGGGGAUUGGAACACCAGAAUCACAUGAUAUGGAGGGGAUUGGAACACCUGAAUCACAUGAUAUGGAGGGGAUUGGAACACCAGAAUCACAUGAUAUGGAGGGGAUUGGAACACCUGAAUCACAUGAUAUGGAGGGGAUUGGAACACCUGAAUCACAUGAUAUGGAGGGGAUUGGAAAACCUGAAUCACAUGAUAUGGAGGGGAUUGGAACACCUGAAUCACAUGAUAUGGAG